AAUUCCAUUGUAACCAAUCGUUAUAUAGCUUUACAGACAGAAGAAGGAAGUAUAAAAAUUAUUUAAUCCAUUAAAAAGCAGCAGCAAGAAAAAAAUUAAUAAAUUCAGAAAAUUAAUUACUUCUGCUGAUUAACCUUGGAUAUUGUUCGCUUGUACUGUUACAAGAGAACUACACUUCUUGUAACUAAAACGCAGUUAAUAAAAGUAACAGCGGAAAAACAAAAAUGGCUCGUUCGAUCAGUCCUGGAGGCUAUUCAAAUUACGAGGAUGACUCGAUGUUCCAAAACGCAGCUUACACACACGACCUGAACGAACAGAUGCGAGUUCCUAAGCGUAUUCGGGCCACUGGAGAUUAUUUCGAUGAGCAUGAGCUGUUGUCCAAUGGAAAUGGAGCUAUCAAUUCCUGGAACUAUCACGACAAAAUCGAAAUGAACGUUCCCGAUCGAAUUGUGGUUCUCGGUCAGGAUCAGCAUCUAGUUCUUACGUCAGGCACCAAAUCGGCUCCUCGUGAAAUAAUGCUGGAAAAUUCUAUCCUACCGAAGGAUCCUGGCCUCGUUCGUGUGUCGACUCCUCCGCGAGUGAUCACACUAUCGCAACAUCAUUUCCCGUCCGCUUCAGACGAGCCGGAGGAAGAAACUGAUCCAAAUGAACUUGACGAUUAUGAGCCACGCUCGUUGGAAUCGACCGAGGACAUGAAUAACGGAAACCGUACUGGUAAUCGGUCACGGUUUGGACACAGUGACAGGAAGCUUGUAAACGGUGGUGGGGAACUGCAGAAAAGAGCUACAUUUGCCAAACAUAAUUCCGAGCUUGUGGUCAGCAGAAGCUUCCGCGAAGAGACGCCCACCUUCGGUGGCAGUGUGGAAAAUCUGACUCCGUCGGAAGAAAUGACCAACCUGCGCCGACAGGUGGCCAAGAUGAACCGGCGACUGCUUGCUAUCGAACUGGACAACAUGCAACGGCAACAGCGGGAGAAGAUUAUUUAUUGCGUGGGCCUGGCUUAUCUGCUGCUCAAAACAUUUAUGUGGCUUAGUCGGAAAUAAUUUGAAAUGGUUCGACAAACCGAUGUUGCAUUCUUAGCUAAAUGUAGUAAUUUGAUAAGUCCUUCAUACAAAAGUAAUUGUAGCGAUGAUGUACCCCACAUUUCAGUAGAUUGCAGCGCAAGAGUAGCAAACAACACAUAAUUGAAAGAGUAGAUUUGCUUUUCUAUACAUUUUAUUUACAUUUUUCACCACCACAUCAUUCAAAUAUUUUCUAAUUAUUUCCUAUUGUUUUUUUUUUUAUUUGAAUGCAGUUCAGUGAUAAAACGGAUUGUUUUUUUUUAUCGUAGUAGUAGCAUGCCAGUAAAAAAAUCACUUUAUAAUCGCGUUACUUUUAUUAAAGCUUGGGUAGAUUAAAACACAUUCUACUUGAAAACAAAAAUGGUGCAGACAACAAAAUAUAAAUAAUCUAUUAAAACAUUGGUUAUUGGUUCUCUUGAACUAGGUUUUUAAAAUAAAUAAAACCGCGAAUAAUUUCCCGCCAUGUUGAAACUAUCUAAUCCAAAAAUACAAAGAAUAAAGUUUACUUUCUAAAUCGACAA